AUGAAGCUCGUCAGGUUUUUGAUGAAAUUGAACAACGAAACAGUCUCAAUCGAGCUUAAGAACGGAACAAUCGUUCAUGGAACCAUUACAGGUGUUGAUGUUAGUAUGAACACUCACUUAAAAGCUGUGAAGCUCACUCUGAAAGGGAAGAAUCCAGUGACACUAGACCACCUAAGUGUCAGGGGAAACAACAUUCGCUAUUAUAUUCUUCCAGACAGCUUGAAUCUCGAGACUUUGCUUGUCGAAGACACACCAAGAAUCAAACCGAAGAAACCAACCGCAGGGAAGAUUGCACCAGGUGGCCGGGGACGUGGGCGUGGAAGAGGUCGUGGACGUGGCCGUGGUGGUGGACCUGGUGGUCGUUAA